UUUUUCCUCCCGGCUGUGGAAGAAAAAGCAGGCGCGGGAGUUCUGCCGUGCGUACGUUCUGCUGCCGAAAUAAAUGUUGCGUUGCAGCUUUUGAUGGAGACAGCUGACGACUGUAGCAAGCCACACGUCAGAGUGAGUCCCAGUUCCCUGAACCAGCUGCCAGAGAUCGAGCCAGAGCCGCGCGUGCUAAAAAGACGCUUGUCGCAGGCGCGCCACCGGGCCAAGCUGGCAGGACUCUUCAACAGCUUGCGGGAAACUGUUCUGUCCCAGUCGGGCAACUCGGCCUCCAAGUGUCAGGUUUUGCGUAAGGCUAAGAAUUAUAUCCAGGAGCUGGAGCAAACCCUGGGUUCUUUGCUGAAGAUGAAAGAGUCCUUCAGCCUGGAGGAUGGGAGCCCAUCCAGCUUGGAGGAAGUCAGAGAGGAGUAUGUCAAGAGGCACUUCGGCAGUCACAGCACUGCAUCCCCCUCAGAAACUGUGAGUGAGAGUGGCUCUACGAUCUGGUGUUUGAUUCAAGAAUAUGAAAAAAACACAAUGGAAGAGGAUGGGAAGCCAGGACUUAUUGAGUCCUCAACCACUUCGUCCCCUGAUCUGGUGGAAUUUGAACGAUCUUUCAUUUGGAGCUGGACUCAGAACCCUUGGUAUCUGUGUUUUUAUAAGCACACAGUGGACCUGCUGAUAGAGCAUGGCAUAGUUUGCACUGAAGAACUGCCUCUUCCUGUAGUCUCCACAGCCAUUUCCCACCUCUGGCAAGAACUUUCUGAAGAAAGGAGAGACAGCAUCUUGCAUUACUGUAGUCAGAGAGAUUUCCUCCUGGAUCCCAAGGCUCCUUGCCAAGAGCCUGCAUGCACUGAAGGCAGCGUGAGGGACAGCAGAGGUAACAGUGAGGAAGCCAGUGGUUCCUUGGUCUCCACACAGGAGGAAGUAAUGUUUGAAGAUGCAUUUGAUGUUGCUUCUGGUUUCCUUGACAGAAAUGAGACUCAGGGAAUGUCUAGUCAGAGUUCAGCAUUUGGCAGCUGCACUUCUGAAAAUCCAGAGGAUCACCACAGACUCUAUCUGCAGAUCAUUGACUUCCUAAAAAGCCUUUUCUUUGCUAAUGCGCAGUUUUGCCAGGAAGAAGCUCUUCAGUUCGACUAUGAGACUGUGAUGCUAAGAUGCACUGAGACCUUCGAUGAUGAAGAUCUGUAAACAGUACCUGUUUGCUGAUGUUUUGCCGAGCGUUGCUGGGUACACCAGAUAUACCAAGAGACUGCGUGUCUUUCGGUGGAGUGCCCCUUGGAGGGGUUGGAGACACUGUUGAAGUGAUUUGUUGCUGUUGACUUCCCAUUCCCUUGUCAGUGCUUCUUGAUACAUCAGUUGAG